GCUCUCGUACCUCGUUCGACCGAAUCGAGCGACAAAAACAACCUAUAAAAAUUUCUAACGUUUUGUUUUUUUUCACGUACACGUUUUUUUUCUUCGGUCGACUAUUGCAAUUUCGAUUUCGCCAUAUUACACGUCGCAUAUGCGUGCCACACACCAAUAUAUAUAAAAAGAGAAAAAGGAGAAAAAAGAAGUAUAAUCAAAUCGUUUAUCGAGCGUGUGUGUUCUCGAUUGCGUGUAGUGUGUUGUUUCGACUUUUUUUUUUCUAUUGUAUUUAUUUAUUCUAUAUCCUGCUGACUCUUGUUGGUUUUGGAUAUACAUCGUUAUGCCGUGUAAAAAGAAAAAAUAUAACGCUCGUUUUCCAGCGGGACGGAUCAAGAAAAUUAUGCAAACCGACGAGGAAGUUGGAAAAGUCGCUCAAGCUGUUCCUGUCAUUAUCUCUAGAACAUUGGAACUUUUUGUACAUUCACUACUCACCAAAACGAUGCAGAUAACCAAUGCUAAAAACGCAAAAACCCUGAGACCGUCCCACAUGAAGCAAUGUAUAUUAUCUGAAAGCCGAUUUGACUUUCUAAAAGACCUUGUCAAAGGUCUGCCUGAUGUUUCCGGAGCGGAUGAUGAUGUACCGACACCGCCAUUGACGCCAGCACCGAUGGGUGUCAACAUGGUUCCUGGUGCUGCCGGUGUGCCACCGACUUUACAUUCCGAUGGACGAGUACCCGAAGAAUUAAUGAAUUCGUCUCGCAGGCUAAGUCGAACGAGUAGAACUUCAAAGGAUGGUAAUGACCUAUUAAUAUUGGAUGGAACCGACGAAUUGCCAAAAAUUUUUAUACCAUCGAUGUCAAAUUCGACAACACCCAUCGGAACGCCAUCAAUGUUAUUACCAACGUCUCAGCAACACGAUGUGCCUAAUUUUCAAAUAUCGAUGCCCUCCUCGUUCCAAGUAAAACAACCGAAUUUUUAUACGGAAGUAGAACCAGUGAAUCUACCGUCAAACACGCACGCCACGAACAUCGUCGACCAGCCGACAUCGAAUUUCGAUCAUACUGCCGACAUCGACGAGGAUUAUGACACGUAGUUACGUUUCGCGUCGUUCGGUUCUAGCACCCGUUCAUUUUUUCUAACUCUUAGCUGUAAACAAUAUAUUGAAAAUUGCACCGUUGAAAUGGAACUAAAUUUUAUUUCCUUCUGCAGUCAAUUCCAACAUUUAUCGGCAGUUUGAAAUAAUAUUUGAAAAAAAAAAGAAAACAAGAAAUUAAUAAGAUCCGAAGAUUUGAGACUGACGAAUAAAUCGAAAUUUUUUCAUUGCGAACCGUGUAAUUUUCAAAAAAAUGCUGUGAAAGGACUGCAGAAGUGAACGAAGUGGCAAAUCGUCACCGUGCACACACGAGCACAUACACACAGACAAUAGAAUGGUGCGUUGUAGAAUGAAAACUUGCUAGCCUGCCCAGGGGUGCCUGAAAUCUCUCAAGAAACUCGUAUCGAACCUUUGACGAAGAAACAGAAGAGCACAAUUUUUGUUGAACCAUUAAUUCUUUUUCUCUUUUUUUUUAUACUCUUUAAAUUAUUCACCAAAAUCUUUUGCAUCUUCUUCUUUUGUUUUUCUUUUCAAACGAGAUUAUACGGUACGGUUAAGCUCGAUUCGAUAUAUCGGGCAGCGUAAAAAACGAGAAUGAUCUUUUUAUUUUAUUUUUCUUUUUGCGCUGAAUAAAAAUCUAAAUGAAAUAUUCUUACAAUGAGAAUUCAAACCGUACAUUUUUCACGAAUGCGAUUAUUCUCACGAUUAUUUGUCAGAAACUUUUCGAUUAUGUACACACAUUUUUUUUAGCUCUUCUUUAUUGCUAGAGUUGAGAAUGUACCAUCGUACAUUUCCAUCGAGCGAGACUAAACGUCAUUUUGAAGUUUUCUUUGCUAAAAUCCAACGAGAUUCGUCGAGGAAAGUUGCCUUAUCACAUUUUCAUUAUAGGGGGUUUUAAAAUUGAAAAAAAUCGAGCCAAAAGAGUUUCAAGUGUAUUCCAAUGAUGAAAACUUUGAUGCCAUGAUUUCUUACCGGGUCAAACCCCUCGAUAUGUAGUUCAUUCUUUGAAUAUUCACUCGCCAAAUAUUUAUCCACUGCCCGGACAUCAAAAACGAAAACCACCAUUAUAUUGAACGAAAUCAAACGAUACUGACGAUCCAAAUAUUCGUUUCGACGGAGCGCGAUUCGCAUUGCAAGUGACUGAUUUUUGUCCCGAGGCAAAUAAAUAUUGGAGUAAUGUGUACUUAUAGAAUUAGCCUCGCGGUAGAUAUUUAAGUAUUCUAUUGUUUUUGAAUAUUAUAUUUUAGUUAUUAAACAUAAGUGUAAUUAUUACGUGAGUAGAUUCACACAUAUAGGACUGAUAGACCUCUUUUGUGUAUUUAUGUGUAAAUAAAUGAUUCUAUCUUGAACAUCGAAUGGUCAUCAUGAAGUUGACUAAUGGACCAAUCGAGAAGAGGAUUGAAAACAACAAAAAUCAUUCGAUAUUCAAAUUCGACGUAUUCAUACCUCUGUAAAUUUUUGUAGACCCAGUCCAUGUCCAGCCACUGUUCAAAAAACAAAAUAGAACUUUUUGAAUACUAGGAAAAAACUGUAGUUUGAACAACACCUAAAUCCACGAAGUAGCACUUUCCUAUGAAAACACGUUGAGAUUUCAUGGGGUGAAAAUUGCCACAGUACUGCGAAAUUCUUUCCUAUUGGAAAGUGACGAAUUUCGAGGCUUGAAAAAAGGGUCUUUCGCCUGGGCAUUGAAUUUGGACUCAAGUUUUGCCUCGGGUAUUUUACCAGAGUGAACCAAAACUACAGUGAGAAAAAGCAAUAAAAAUAGUCACUAUACCUUCUAUAAAUACAGUUUUUAGCGAAUAUUCAUGACAAAAAUGAUUAUUGUCAACUUUGUAAUCACCAUUGUUAGAUAAAAAUAGAAAAUUUCAUUGCAAAA